AUCGAAGGCAAUGAACUCGCUGACAAGGCCGCCAAACUCGCCCACCUAGCCAAUAACUCUUUCACGUCCUUGGAUUUUACAUACCAAGACGUUAAGAGAAUCAUUGCUAAAGAUGCACAUGACCAAUGGGAAAAAAAAUGGGCAGAACAGACAACCAAAUUACAUGAAAUCAAAAGAACCACAUACCCUUGGCCGUUUUCUGCAAACAUAUCCAGGAAACACCAGACAGUCAUUACUCGCCUCAGGAUUGGACAUACCCAUAUAACCCACCAACACCUCAUGAAGAGGGGAGAACCCCCUGAUUGUACCGUCUGUGGCUCCCCUCUUACCGUCAAACACCUCCUCACGGAUUGCCGAUGCUACGAAAAAGCAAGGAGAGAUUUGAACCUUCCGGACCAGCUCUCUGAAUUACUCAGCCCCGAGCAGAGCAAUCUCACAACUACCCUGGAAUUUCUCCGCAUCACAGGACUUCUUAACAAAAUCUAAUA